AUGGCCAAGCUCUUCGCGAUAUCUCUUCUCACCACCCUCCUAGCCUGGGGCCCCGCCCAGGUCGCCGCCCAGGGCAUCCGCGGCACCGCCACAUUUACCGGCAACGACCACAACGGCGGCAGCUGCUCGUUGAGCAACUACACCCUCCCCGCCGGCAUCUCCGGAACCGGUAUUGGCCCCUCCAAUUGGGCGCAGGCCGGAAAGUGCGGCUCCUGCAUCCAGGUCACCGGCCCCAGGGGCACCACCAAGGUCAUGAUCGUCGACAGCUGCCCGUCGUGUCUUGAGAACCGCCUGAACCUCUUCGAUGAUGCGUUCAGGCAAAUCGCUGACCCCGUCGACGGCAUCGUCGACGUCACGUUUGACAUUGCGUCUUGCGGCCUCGAUACUCCUCUCAUCAUCCGCAACAAGAUUGGAACCUCGAGAUAUUUCUUCUCCAUGCAGGUGCUCAACUGCAACUUCCCCAUCGUCGAUCUCGAGGUCAGCACCGACAACUCGCAGACGUGGGAGUCGACGGUCCGCCAAGAGUACAACUACUUCGAGAGGGAAGACAAGAGCGGCUUCGGCAAGGACGAGGUCAUGCUGAGGGUGUCUUGCUCCAACGGCAGGCGCGUCAUCAUUCCGAGCGUGACCAUGGACAGCGAAAAGGAGAUUACCGCGCCGGUCAACUGCUAA